AUGGAGCACGAGGGGGUCCCAGGGGCCCUCAUCAGGCCAGACCCCCCAGCCCAGAGACGCCAGACGGCCUGUCUCGCACCUGUCGCGGAUGCACUCAAUGCCAGGCUUGGUUGUGAAUCUCUGGCGUUGGUCCGACCGUUUCGAGCAUUCGUUACUCUCAUCGUUGCCGAUGUCCUUCUACGCAUCUCCGACCGUGUCCAGCACCCCCUCCAAAGGUCCCCCGUCUGUCUCUUUUUCCCAGAAGGAGCGCUGCAGGUUCAGAUCAUCAACUUCAACUUCGAGGCUGUGCAGGUGACGUGGAACAGGAGCGAACCGCCCUCCGGGACCAACCUGACUUUCUUCUACACACUCAGCAGCGAUGCGGACGGCAAGCAAUGCCCCCAUUACAUCCUUCAAGACGAUCGCACCGCUGGCUGCGUCUUGGAGGCAAGAAAGGAUGAAAUCCUGUGCUUCUCCGUGGGGGACGGAGCGGCGGUGCUGGUCCAGAAGUGCGAAUGGAUCAGCGCUUACCUGAAACCCAGCUCCCCCAGAGCCCUGACCUUCCGGUGGCACCGAGAAGCCGUGACCGUCUCCUGUUCCGAGCUGCCCUACAAGCGUCUCCUCUACGAGGUCCAGUUCAAGAGCACAUUCGACACCGAGUGGCAGACGCAGGAGGGAGAAACCUGCAAUGUCACCGUGGAAGGCUUGGACGCUGAGAAGUGUUAUUCCUUCCGGGCCCGCGUGAAAACCAUGGAGUCCAGCUACGGCCCCGACACGUACCCGAGUGACUGGUCCGAGGUGACGCACCAGCAGAGGGGGGAGCCCAGAGAUUCCUGCCCGGGGAGAACGCUUUCCUCCAAACUGAUGUUGAUCUGUGGGCUGGUGGCCUUGCUGACCGCGUGCCUCCUGGUCCUGUCUCUGUGGAAAGUGCGGAGACUCCAGAAGCUCCUCAUGCCCAGCGUGCCUGACCCGAAGGUCACCUUCCCUGGGCUCUUUGAAUGCCAUCAGGGAAAUUUCCAGGUAACCGCCGCCGCCGGGCAGUCCUCCAGGAUUCCCUCCUCCCACCCGGGCAGCUCCGCAGCUGCGCCUCAACCCCCCUCUGCCGGCUGCCUCCUUCACCCCCUGUUUCCUGAAACCAGAGCCUCACCUUUGUAGUUUUCUCUCGGUGGGACACAGAGCCUCAGGGGGGCGGCCUGCUUCCCAUCAAUCAGCCCCCAGAUCAGUGCCCUCAAGGGAUUUUCCAGCGCAAUCGACCCUCCCAUCUCCCCAGGAAGUGAGGCUGCUGAUAGGCGACCUCCUCGGCGGAAACAGACUGACUUCCGCUUUUCAAACG